AGACAAAAACCACCCAGAUAUGGAGUCUUGGUUGUUUGAAUACUCAAGUGAUGCAGUAUUAUCACCGGAUUCAUUGUUUGGAUCGCCGGCGACGGUGUCAUUUUCAGGUGGUUGGAGGGAUUUGUUGGUCGAAGAAGAAAGGCCUAAAGAAUCAUCGGAGUCCAACAGUAACUCCUCCAUGUCCGGAGCAAAGGAGGAAGAGGUGAGCUCAGAUGGCGACCAUCGACAAGAAGAGCCGAGGAAAGUAAAGAGUUACAGAGGGGUGAGGAAAAGGCCAUGGGGGAAAUUCGCAGCUGAGAUUAGGGAUUCAACGAGGAAUGGAGCUAGGGUUUGGCUGGGAACAUUCCACAGCGCCGAGGCAGCCGCUUUGGCUUACGAUCAAGCGGCGUUUUCGAUGAAGGGGACAUUGGCUACUCUCAAUUUCCCUAUUGAAACGGUCAGGGAAUCUCUUCAGGCAAUCAAGUGUAGAUGCGACGAGGGCAAGGGCUGCUCGCCGGUUGCGGCUCUCAAGCAGCGAUAUUCUUUGAGGAAAAGAUCCAAGAACAAGAAGAGCAAGCAAAACGGUGCCACGGCGGCGGCGGCGGCGGCUAGGCAACAACAGAACUUGUUGGUGUUUGAGGAUUUAGGAGCUGAUUACUUGGAACAACUGUUGAGUUCAUGUGAAACUGCAGCUCCUUGGUAAAACAAACCAUGGUUUUUUUACCUCCAUUUUCAAAAAAAAUUUCUUUCUUUCGUUAAUUUCGUUGAAUCUUUGCAACUUUUGUUCUUGCUGGGGGAUUUGAUUUGAGGACACUUAAAUCUUGAUCCAUACUUCAUCUUAUCUCAUCCUGAUCUCUUGUAAAAU